AUGUCUCGUAGGAGUGCUCGCCUGGUGUCAAGCAGCUACUACCAAUCUGACGGGGACUCGGACUCCAGUAGUGUCACCAACAUAUCCUACCGCGAGAGUCCAGUCACCGUUUUCAAGAAGAAGACCGGGGGCCGUAAGGCGGCGUCCCGCACCUCCAGCCGAGCCAACAGCACCGCCGGCGCCGAGCAGAUCGCUGCAGCUGAGCAAUGCGACGACGGGCUGAGUCAGACCAGCCAGACCAUGAGGACUGUACCCUACGCCACCACCGCCACCCCUCGCCCCGCCCUUACGUCCACUUGCCUUCUUCCAGACCCCCCAGAGACGAGCCCGCCGGCUGGGCUGCACGGCGCCACCAGGACGGGCUGCCAUUACAGCUCAUAUCUCCAGUUCACUCAAAGCAGCAUCGACAGCUCAGGGUAUUCGUCUUCCGAGGGCCCCCACACGAGGGCCACAGCCAACACCGCUAGAACCAGUAGAACCAGUAGUACCAGUGGGUAUCCGAUCACUGGACACAGCAACCGCAAUGGUGGCCCCGGCUACCUGAGUCAUAUAAACUCAAUUGCGUCCAGAGUAGCUGCAGCACAGUCUUCAAUAAUGUUGCUAAUAGCCCGAGCUAAUGCGUCAUUCGGCACGGGUGCAAAGAAGGCUUGUGGGCUCCUCCUCUUCAUCGCACUCGUAGCUCUCGGUAUUUGGCUCCUCAUCCCCUUGUUGGCCUCUGUCAAACCCCGCUCCGCCUCUAUGAAGACGCCGAGUCUGACAGCACCUACUAUCACACCUGUGCCUCCUGCUUCUCCUCCUCUUCCUCAGCCCAACACCAUUCCUCCUGCACCAGUUGUGGACCCUGCUGUUGUGUAUGCUGCUUUCAACGAGAAGAUGAAGAGUCUCCUGGAAGAAGUGCAGCAGAAGAAAGAGAUACUUUUUUCCCAAGACCCUGCUGUUGUGUAUGCUGCUGUCAACGAGAAGAUGAAGAUUCUCCUGGGGGAACUGCAGCUGAAGCAAGAGAAGCUUUUUUCCCAAAUGGAGGAGCGGGUGCAGCGGAACAUGCAAGGGUUGACGGCCAGGAUCGAAACCGUGGAUUCAGACAUCAGGCUGCAUGUGGAUCGGGAGAUGGCUGCACUCAGAAGGCAGGUGGCGGAUUACCACACGGACAGCUUGUCUGCCACAGCCAGCCUGAACCACAGGCUCCAAGCGGUGGAGGGAGAGAACGUGAAGCUGUCACAGGAGCUGUUGUCUAUCCGGAUGGAGCCCCCGGCACCACCCGCUGACCUCAGCAUCGCUCCCCAACCGCUGACCCCGGAGCUCCAAGAGGCCCUGGAAAAGUGGUUUACUGACCGAUUCAAGGAACAGGGCUUGGACAGGCUCGGAGGAAAAGAGAGUUGCUCAGAUUGUAAACAACCCAUGGCUGACAAAAUGGCCGAUUUUGCUCUGGAGUCACAAGGUGCCAGUGUGGUGAGUACAAAGUGUUCCGAGACCUACCGAAUCCGCUCGGCAUGUGUGACCUUGUUUGGAUUCCCCCUCUGGUACCCCUCUGAAAGCCCACGCACUGUCAUUCAGGGCUUUGCGACACUGCUCCCUGGGAAGUGUUGGGCGUUCCACGGCGCUCAGGGCACCCUGGUCAUCUCCCUGUCUCACCCAGUCAAAAUCAGCCAUGUCACUCUGGACCACCUGCCGCUGUACAAAUCCCCCACCGGCCGCAUGGACUCGGCUCCUAAAGACUUUGAGGUUUAUGGCACGGUAGACGACUCGGACGAGGGCACGCUGCUGGGGAAGUUCACGUACGAUCAGGACGGAGAGUCGACGCAAACCUUUGAGCUGCCUAACCCCACCGACGUGGUUUAUCGAUUCGUGGAGCUGGGCAUCCUCAGCAACUGGGGUCACAUGGAGUACACGUGUGUGUACCGGUUCCGUGUGCAUGGAAAGAUCGCCUCCGCAUAAGAAGAAUUCACCGCCUGCGAAAAUAAACUGCGCUUUUCCAUAUGAGAGACAUUUUUUUUUAGGGUUGUUAGGAUAUUUAUGUGCAGCAGGGCAGGGCAGCCUUCUGUUUGGAUUCUUCUCCAACCUGCUGGAGAUUUGCUAAAGAUGGCGUUGUGGCGACGCAUAGCACACCCGAGUGUUACUGACAGAGAGGUUUGGACUCGGCCAACAUCGUCCCUACACCUCUUCCCCUUUACAACUGACGGUCACCAUAACAAGCUGGUGUGGUAGGAUAUAUUUUUGUAGUGUUGUGGGUGGUGGUGUGCUGCCAUGAGAGGAUGUGUGUUGUGUGGAGUGUGUGCUUGACUAUCUUAAGAGCUCUCGUCCAAAAAGUAUACUAUAUACCUUAUUCAGAAAAGAAAAAAAAACUCUACCUCUUUGAAAUUCUGGAAACUUUCCAACACGUGGGCACGUUUCAUUAGUUUCUUUUCUUCUUCUUCUUUUUUUUUUU